CUAAAGGAAUGGAAAUUUAGGGUUCCAGGCUAUGGCGAGGCUGAGCACUGGCGUUACCACGCGCCAGUACGCUGAACGUAUGCCGCGCAUCUCCGAUACUCCUCUCUCAGCUCGGAUUCUGGAUUAGGGACUGCAGUGCCGCCGCUACAGCACAGGCGAUUUCCAUCCAGAGCGCGGAGGAUUCCUGAUUGUCGAAAUGCCGCAGCCUGUGCUGCUCAAGAGAAGCGAUUUCCGCUGGAAUUUUCCCAAGGAAAUCGUUGUGGCGUAUCCAAUUCAUCCCUCGCAACAUCUUCCAGGCAAACGAAAUGCAUUCUUACGGAGCCUGGAGUACUGUGGUUUGCGAUCAUCGGAAUAUGCAGCCGGAGCUAUACGGAAUGUAAAGAAAAUGGUGAAGAGCGCAAGAAAAAAGUCAUACACUCUUGCCGUCGGGAAGCCAAAUCCUGCAAAGCUUGCAAACAUUCCUGAGUUCUUUGAUCUUGAAAACUGGGAACUCCGGCAGUAUUGGAGGAAAAAGACGCACAAUUUUACUCGCUCGACUCUAAGGAGAGAAACCAGGCUAUCCUAUGGCUGCAAUUUAUAG